UGUCCACAGUCCACCAUAGUCAUUAAUAAGAUGGCAGGGGUUUUAGCUGAUGUUUUUGCGGAGGACUCUGAAAGUGAUAGAACAUUUUACGGCUUUUCUGACCGUGAACUCAGCGAUAAGAAUUCAAAUUUUGAAGAUGAAGAUGAAGCCCAGCCUGACCUUUCCCCCAAGAAGCCGAAAGCCACAUCUAAACCAUCUGCUGGUGCUCAGCCCUUCAGACUGAGGGUGGCACUCCGCUCCACUCCCUCUACCCAGCAGUCCACCGAUGAUGAGGAGGCAGAGGAGGAAGAGAAGUGGACAGAAAAGAGAGGGGCGAAGAAGGCAGGAAAGACUAGUCAGGCAAGGAAGCAGAGGCAUGUUAAAUUUGAAGAUGAAGAAGAAGCAGUGGCUCAGCGAUCUACCUGUGAGGAUGCUGGGUCUGAUUCAGGAGACAAUGUGACAGAUUCUUUCCUGGCCAAGAGAGAGCAGAACAUCAAGGCCAACAAAGCAAUGCUGGCACAGCUGAUGGCAGACCUGCAGAAAAUGCCAGGAGGUGCUGGGUUUCUGAAAAAACAAGCAGGCAAGCAGAAGACGAAAGAGAGAAGCUCGCGCCCACCACGCUCCGGUGGAGCUGGAGGAGAGUCCAAGAGAAACCCAGAGCGAGCGUCCCGCAGACAGACCCGCUCGAUGGGGGGAAGUGAGGAUUCUUCAGCUCCUCGGGAGGAAGAACUUGAGCUCAGCUUGGAGGAGGAGCUGCUGGAGGUACGCCGAGCCCCACAGCGCCGCGGCCCCUCACGGCCUAAUCAGUGCAAACCUCAUUUAAUCCGUCCUGUGGAAGACAUCACAGAGGAUGAGCUCCAGCUGGUCGCAGACAACAUGACUGAUAAAGUCUACAACAGAGUCACAGGCUCCACAUGUCACCAGUGCCGCCAGAAAACUGUUGACACUAAGACGUGCUGCCGCAGUGAGGAUUGUCGUGGGAUUCAGGGUCAGUUCUGUGGGCCGUGCCUGAGGAACAGAUACGGGGAGGACGUCAGGAAGGCGCUGCUCGAUCCGGAGUGGAAGUGCCCCCCCUGUCGAGGCAUUUGCAACUGCAGCUUCUGCCGCCAGCGUGAGGGCCGCUGCCCAACUGGCAUCCUGUUCCCACUGGCUCAAUACCACGGCUUCUCUGACGUCCACUCCUACCUCAGCAGCCUCCGAAACAAACUGAAGACUGAGGAUGAUGACGUGGAGAUGUGAUUUCAGCACUAGGGGGAGCAAUUGUUC